AUGGCGCUGGCCGCAGCUGCCGCCGCAGCGGCCGCCGGGGUGAGCCAGGCAGCGGUGCUGGGCUUCCUGCAGGAGCGCGGCGGAAAGGUGAGCAACUCGGAGCUGCUGAGCCGCUUCAAGCCGCUGCUGGACGCGGGCGACCCGCACGGCCGCGCUGCCCGCAGGGACCGCUUCAAGCAGUUCAUCAACGACGUGGCCGUGGUGAAGGAGUUCGACGGCGUCAAGUUUGUGGUGCUGAGGAAAAGGCUGCGCGCCCCCGAAAGACCACAGACCCUGCCCUUAUGCGCCCCGGUUCCAGUGGCCAGUAUCGCUUCCGCCUCUCCAGAGUCAAACACUGGUCCUGGGGCUCCAACUUUGGCGUCGCCUCAACAGUUGGAAGAUUUAUCGGAGGACCUGUCCCCGUCAACCGAGACUCAGGAUGCCCCUGAGAUUCAGACCUCUAAGCUGGCUCAGCCAAGUGGUGAGUUGGGGAACUUGAGCUCAACUCAGCAUCCUGAAGGGCCCCCCGAUGCCCAGGUUCCGUCCUCUGAGUCGGUCCAGCCUGUCGAAGCUCUGUCCGCAGACGUGAGCCAAGCCCCCCGACUCCAGGUGGAGGCGGCAUCGCCCUGCUCCGAGCUUCCCACGGGGCCACCUGAGCCAGGGGCCCGCAGAGCGCCGCCGCCCCCUGUCCCGCGCGCGCCGGCGCCUAAGCCGUGCAUGCUGCCGGUGCGCUGCGUCGCGGGCCCUGCCGCGCGCCUAGUGCGCUCGGAGGAGCAGGGCCUGAGGCGUCAGCUCUCGGAAGAGCCGAACCCGCGGGGCUCCCCGCUCCUGCUGCGCCGCCUGUCGGUGGAGGAGUCUGGCCUGGGCCCCAGGCGCUCCCCUCACCUGCGGCGCCUGUCGCGCUCCAGCCCGCGCCUGCUCAGCCCCGACGACAACGUGCCUGCCGCGCCGCCGCCGUCCGCGUUGCCUCUGGAGCCGGCCGAGCACGAGUGGCUGGUGCGCUCCGCAGGCGGCCGCUGGACCCACCAGCUGCACGGGCUGCUGCUGCGCGACUGCAGCCUGGCGGCCAAGCGCGACUUCAUGUCGGGCUUCACUGCCCUGCACUGGGCCGCCAAGAACGGCGACCGGGAGAUGGCUCUGCAGCUGGUGGAGGUCGCGCGGAGCGGAGGCGCGCCAGUCGAUGUGAACGCGCGUUCUCACGGCGGCUACACGCCCCUUCACCUGGCCGCGCUGCACGGCCACGAGGACGCGGCCGUGCUGCUGGUGGUCCGCCUGGGGGCGCAGGUGCACGUGCGCGACCACAGCGGCCGACGCGCUUACCAGUACCUGCGGCCUGGCUCCUCGUACGCUCUGCGCCAGCUCCUCGGCGACCCGGGCCUGCGCGACACCACCGAGACCGAUGGCGGUGGUGGCGGCCUGGCCUCCAGGCGUCCCGUCCAAGUGGCUGCCACCAUCCUCAGCUCCACUACCAGCGCCUUUCUGGGGGUCCUGGCCGAUGACCUGAUGCUGCAGGACUUGGCGCGCGGUCUGAAGAAGUCAGCCUCGGUGAGCAGGUUCUUGGGCGCCUCCCCCAUGGCGCCACGCAGGAAGACCAAGUCUCGCAGUGGUCUUCCUCCCUUCGCAGAGGUCUCUCGGCGAACCACUCCGGGGCCAUUAGCUGGGUUAGUGCCCAGCCUGCCCCCUACAACCUGA